AUGCCGCCGACUGCGUUGCACUGUAUCGUCCACUUGACCCCGGUUAAGAUGCUCCAGGAACGGUUCCCGGCCGUCUAUGCCAUCAAGUUCAGUAAUCCCGAGGACCCGGAGCAUUACUCGCUCGGUGACAUGAUGAUUUGGGCUACAGUACCAUACAUUGUCUGGCAGCUGUUGUACCACUUCAUGAUCAGCGUGCGCCGAGCCGAUAAGAUCGCGGCAGGGCGUCCGACCAGUUUCACUUGGAUGCGCAAAUCGUACUCCAAAGCGUGGAUUGGCCGUUUUGUCUUGAGCCUUCCUGAAUCCCUGCAAGAGCCAUUCUUCAUGUUGAUCCAAUACUCGUAUGCUCUGUCGACCAUGAUCCCAUGCCCCAUCUGGUUUUGGUACCGAACGGCCAGCGGCGUGUUCAUCACCGCCCUGUUUGUUUGGAGCAUCCACAACGGAGCAACCUACUACAUUGAUGUCUUUGGCAAGCGUUUUCAGAAGGAGAUGGAGCAGCUCAAGCGAGACGUGGCUCGUUGGCAGAGUUCUCCCGAGGCCACCACCAGCCCGCUCAUUCUCCCGGAGAACACCCCCUCCAUUGAGCCACGCAAAGUCCCUUCCCAGCCUGGGAAGCCCUCAAGUAUUGACCGCAUUCCGCCCUUGGAUGCUGGCGAGGCUUCGUCGUCGGGUGUCAACACUGGUCAAUCCGGUGAACCGGUGGCCCGUGAGAGAAAUGAGAAAAAUUAG